GAUAAAACUAGUUCUAUAUUUAUAGGUUUAAAUUAGUAGAAUGAAUUAGUUAUAUUUAAUAUUUUGAAACAUAUAUUAAAAAAAGCAGAUACUUUUAAAAAUAACAAAUUAUAAUCUAGUAUUAUUAAAAGCUUAUAUUAAUACGUUUAAUUUGCUUAAAAAUUAGAAUUAGAAAUUACUGAAAACAUUAAUAAAAAAAUAGAUGAAAAAAAUGGAUUAUCAAAUAAAAAAAAGAGAGCUUUUUGUAACCUAAUAAUUGCUGUUUGUAUAUAAACAUUAUUUAAUAACAAUGAUGAAGGUUUAGAAAAUCUUGAAGAAUUAAGUUAAGUAUAUUAAGAAAUAAUAAAUUAUUAUAAUUAAAAGUAAACACAAGAAAAACCCAAAAAAAAAAGAAAAAUUAUUAAUUAAGAUGGUGAAGAAGUUAUUUAAGAAAAUUAACAUUAUAUACAUGUUUUAUCUGAUUUAUUAGUAUCUUUAUUGACUAAAUCAUCAAGUAUAUAUUAAAUAUACACAUUUUUUUAAAAAAAAUAAUAAGAUUAUUUUAGAGAGAUUACUAAUAUUUGCUUUUAAGCUUUUGUUAAUGAAGUUGAUACUUUUGUUUUAUAAACUUUAAUUGAUGUUGUUACUCGUCCUAUAGAGGAAUAUAUUUAAGAUAUGGAAAAUGAUAAAGAAGGUGAUGAAGAAGAAUGCUAGUUAAAUGAUUAAAUAUAAGGACUACAAAAAGGUGUAGCAAUUGAUCUAAUUGAUGAAGACGAAGAAAAAGAAGAAGAUGAAGAAACAGAAACAUAAGAAUUUGAAGAAUUAGAUAAUUGAUAUAUUAUUCUUUUUUAUUGCAAAACAAAUA